AUGGCAGCUACCGCAGACCAGGACCUCGAGUCCAAGAUCCAACACAAUGUGGACCACCACGACGUGUACGAGGAGAAGGCAGGCAUCAGCGCCUUCAAGGCGGGUGCCAUUGAGGCAGAGAAUGCCGAGCACAACAUGACUGUCAUGGAGGCCGUCAAAGCCUAUCCCAUGGCCUCGUUCUGGGCCUUUGUCAUGUCCUGUACCAUUAUCAUGGAAUCUUACGAUGUCUUCCUCAUGGGCAACUUCCUCGCCCUGCCUUCUUUUACCCAGGAUUUCGGCGUGUGGUCUGAGGCCCACGGCGAAUACAUCGUCGUCACCAAGUGGCAGUCGGCAUUGCAGGUUUCUGGCCAGCUCGGUGCCCUCAUCGGUGUCUUCCUCGCCGGUCCCUUGACCAGCCGCAUCGGAUAUCGUUGGGCCACCUUGACCGGACUCAUGCUCCUGAACGUCUUCAUCUUCUCCAUGUACUUCGCCAAGUCGCUGCCCGUCAUGUUCGUCUCUCAGCUACUCGAGGGUAUCCCGUGGGGCAUCUUCAUUGCUAACGCACCUGCGUACUGCUCUGAGAUCGUGCCAAUCAAGCUGCGCGCUCCUGCCACGCAGAUGCUGCAGAUGUUCUGGGCCGUCGGAAGUAUCAUUGUCGGCGCUGUGACGUACCAUUACAACGAUGUCAAGGGUCCCUCUGCCUACAGGAUCCCAAUUGCGCUGCAGUGGAUGUUCCCCACUCCCCUCGCUAUCCUCAUCUUCUUUGCGCCGGAAUCUCCCUGGUGGCUGACUCGCAAGGGUCGCACCGAGGAAGCUGCCAAGGCAGUCGAACGCCUCGGAAAGAGGUCUCAAGUCAACUCUACCGAGACAGUCGCCAUGAUGAGGCGUGUCAUUGACCUUGAAAAGAGCGAGAAGAAACCCAACCACAUCGAGCUUUUCAAAGGCACCGAUCUCCGCCGCACGCUUAUCGUCUGCUGUGUUUACGCCGCCCAGAAUCUUACUGGUAAUCUCAUCGCCAACCAGGCCGUCUACUUCUUCAAGCAGGCCGGCAUGGGAGUCAGCACUGCUUUCGCUCUCGGUCUCAUCACAUCCGCCCUGCAGAUGAUUUUCGUCAUGCUCUCGUGGAUCCUGACGACCUACUUUGGCCGCCGCUCCAUCUACCUGUGGGGUUCGGCCGCCAACUUGACCCUCCUCGUUGCCCUCGGUGUCGCGGGCUCGGUUGGUGUCAGCAAAGCGGCGAGCAACGCGCAAGCCUCUCUUGGUCUUAUCGUCUCCGUGCUGUUCACUCUCGGCCCGGCUCCCGCUUCGUGGGUCAUCAUCGGAGAGACAUCUGCCAUCCGUCUCAGGCCUCUCACCACCGGCAUGGGUCGUGCCACCUACUACAUUGUGGAAAUUCCUUGCAUCUUCCUCGCCUCCUACAUGCUCAACCCAAACAGUGGCAACCUCGGCGGCAAGUGCGGUUACGUGUGGGGUGGUACCGCGCUCGUCUGUCUCGUUACUGCUUGGUGGGGUCUUCCUGAGAUGAAGGGUCGCUCGUACCGUGAGAUCGACAUUAUGUUCAGGCGUCGCAUUCCUGCGCGCCAGUGGAAGAAGACCGUCAUCGACGUCAACGACGACGAGUAG